GGUGGAUACAGGCUCGAAUCCACAGAAGCAUCAUGCAAUGGAGAAGACGUGCACUUCUGAUCAGGAUAUGUGGCCUUUCAAGACUGAAGCAUGUCUUGCCGGAGAGAUGUCUCAGAAGCGAAUGGAGAAGGUGGAUACAGGCUCGAAUCCGCAGAAGCAUAAUGCAAAGGAGAAGAAUCAGGAUAUGUGGCCUUUCAAGACUGAAGCAUGUCUUGCCAGAGAGAUGUCUCAGAGGCGAAUGGAGAAGGUGGAUACAGGCUCGAAUCAACAGAAGCAUAGUGCAGAGAAGAAGACGUGCCCCCCUGAUCAGCUCUGCCCACAUACACAUGGUAUCCAGCGAAAAGAGCGUCUUUCUGUAGAGAAGAAGCACACAAAAAGCAAUACAUCUUUUCCAGCGAAAAGAACAUCUCCACAACUCAGAACAAGAACAAGUUACCGCUGUUCCGAUGCGGGUACCAGUCGUCCCAUCGAUGCUCAUGACCAUGGCAACACUGGUGCUAUCCAGGAACAGAAACAAGUAUAUGCCGCAACACAGGUAGAUGAAGAUGUGGGCGACAUAAUCCAGAAGCUGAACGAACUGGGCUUGGGAGAGGACAUCGAGUUUGAGGAAUACUAUGGAUACUUGCAGCAGCUGCCUCCCGACCCCCGUGUUGAUACCUACACUGAAUUGAACCUUGAGGAUUACUUUAACAUGGACCUCCGCCAUGCGGUGUAUCGCAUCAGAUCCUACAAGUUGUUAAAAAAGGAGUCCAAUAAUGAGUUGUGCUGUGAUGAACUGAAAGAGUGCCCUAUGGAGCUUCUUGACAGAGAAGAAUUUCCUACAGAUUUCCUUGUGAAGAUGCGAUAUUUUAGCUUCUUCGACAAUGACGGCAUAUUAGACUGGUUCUUCGACCCUGAUCUCUGCAAGCUUGCUUGCGUGAAUGACUACCAGCGUCUAGUCCCUCGGAAGCAUAGUGCUUAUGAGUACGCUGGUUGGGUUGUGUACCGCGGUUACCUCCAUAGCUACGAGAUGCAACAUGAAUACAUCGAGUACUUCGAAACAUUAUUAAGGGAACUUAAGUGGUUGAAAGAUUGUCUACCGAGCAAGUUUUCACCUCUUACUGUAAGUGCAUGACCACACAAAAGAUCAUGAAUGGCAAUGUUUCUGUAUAUGCUGCACCACCAUGGUAAUUCCUUUGUUCUUUAUUAGGUAGGCAAGAUACGCACCAGAGGAAUUUAUCAAGCAACUAAGAUCGCCACUCGCUUUUCCAAGAUCACAACUCAUUUAGCUCGUAUUGGCUUCCGUGAUUGUUUUAACUACAUGUGCAUUGAGGCUACUUGGUGUAACGGGUCCGAUGGUCUCUAUUUCGAGAUUUGGAAGCGGGUCACUCAACAGAAGGAGAGUUUCAGAGAUAGCUUGAAGGAAGUCUAUAAGCUGAACAAGUGUCCAUCACUACAAGAUAGCAUAAAAUAUGCCAUGGAGCAUGACUGUUCCAUGAUGGAAACGGCGUUUCUUCGUUGCACGGUAGGGGCAGGCAUUACAAAGGAAGUAAGUACUGUGAUAUGCAUGUGAGAUUGAUCCAGUGGAUUAUGUGUUUGUAUAUUUGAUUUGUUUUCACGUCUGAUUGCCUUAGGUACCAGAGGAUAAAGCUCAGGAGUUGAUUGCAGAGGCAGUUGAAAAGCUGAGGAUAAAACCCAAAUUCUAUGAUGGGUAUAUCAGAAAGAAGAUCGACAUUGCCAAAGCUAUAGGAAUGAUUACUGAGGAUAGUUCCACAGAUACUUUGAAGGACGAUUAUAAGCUGAACAAGUGUCCGUCAUUCCAACAUAGCAUAAAAUAUGCCUUAGAGGAGGACUGUUCUGUGAGGGAAUGGAUGGUAUCAGAGGAUAAAGCUCAGGAGUUGAUUGCAGAGGCAGUUAAAAAGCCG